AUGAGCCACGACAAGGAGAAAAAGGGUUCUAGCUCUGAGACAAACGCGAGCGUAAAUAAUAUAAGCGUGACCAACCGCCAACUCAACGUGAGACCAUUUCAGAUCAACGAAAAUCGCACUGAAACUGCUUCAGGAUGGGAGAAAUGGCUACGGAAUAUCGAAAGACAGUUUCGCUACUUUGGGAUCACAGACCCAGAGAUGAAGAAAGACGGUUUAAUCAUUUAUGGCGGUCAAAUAAUCGCAGAUUUAGAAGAUACACUUCUCGACGCUACAGGCGACGAAGCUGCUGAAGAUGCCUAUGCACAACUCAUAAUCAAACUCAACAAACAUUUUCUACCAAAGAAGAACAAAGAUUUUGCUAGAUUUCAGUUCGGAAAUCUUAAGCAAAACCACAGUGAAUCGCUUGUUCGAUACUAUACACGCAUCAGGGAAAUAGCAAAGAAAUGCAGUUUCUCAAACGAGAGCGAAGCUAUUCGAGACCACUUAAUAAAAACAAUGACGAACAAUGUCGUACGCAUCAAAGCAAUACGCAAGAAUUGGACGCUCGACCAAAUUCUAGAAGAAGCUGAGUUGGACGAGGAAACCCGAACACAAGCUAAAGAGAUGGAGAAGAAAGUAAAUUCAGACGAAACAAUCAAACAAGUCCAAAAUUAUCAACAACAACGACCUUCGUCUCAGAUUUUCCGUGAACAAAGCACAUCAUCGACCCGUGAAAAAACAACAAAUCCUUGCAACUGUUGUGGAUAUGACCGAGCUCACAAACAAUGUCCAGCAAUGGGAUCGCUUUGCAAUGCAUAG